AUGGAGCACCCAAUGAAUACUUAUCGCGACCUCGACUUCCUCAUACCUGACAACAUGACCACCCCCCUUGACAUCAAGAAAAGUUUUAUCUACACAGAUGACAUCGCAGGAGGUGCAGCUCUAAUCAAUCACCUCAAUUCUCAAGUAAAAGAGGAGUUCCGAGCAAAGGGCCUUGUCCAUCCAUAUAACGCUGCCAUGUCUACAACAUACCGUAAAUUGGUUUUGCGGCUGUUCAAGGAGGGAGUGAUUCGCAUUCUUGUAUGCACUGAUGCUGCGGGCAUGGGAUGCAAUAUCCCAGAUGUCGACAUCGUUGUUCAGUGGAAAGCCCCCUCAAAUCUUUCCUCAUGGGUUCAGUGUGCGGGUCGAGCUGCCCAGGCUGCAGGUCGUGAAGGACUUGCCGUUAUGAUCGUUGAAAAGUCUGCUUUCGAAAUUAGUACUACUGCAGCGUCGUCAGGCGAGUUUGGCACAAACACAGCAUCAGUCUCACAGAGAUGUAACACCCGCGGCGGUCAUGGGAGGGGCCAUAGUGGUCGAGGCAGAGGCCAGGGAAGACCAGCAAAAAAUGGCCCAACCUAUGGGGUGUCGCAUGGUGCAAAGCAUGGCCAAUACAGUGGGGCUCAUGACACAAUGACACGCCUAGAAGAGUGCGAAGAGAUUCCAGGUGAUGUGGUGGGAGAGGGUUUGUAUUGGUACAUUCAAACAACGGUCUGUCAUCGGCUGAUAUUGACAAAAAUCUUUCGGAAUAAGCCCUCAUAUGUGUCGCCCACUCGAUGUUGUGAUCUCUGCAACCCAAAGCUUUUUGACCGAACCCGCCCCAGCGAACCGAUCGUCACUGCUCGCCAAUGUUCCGUCAAGAAAGGUGAACCUGUCGCCUUGGUCUGA